AAGGAAGCAGCAUCAGCUCACAGCUGAUUUUAUUUAGUGCAAUUAAUGAGGAUGAGGAGCUGGAAGCCUCACUUGUGUCCUGACCUUACACAACAUGCUGCAAAUACUCUGUGUUGCUCUUGUGUGUGCAGAAUAUCUGGAAGAUGUGUACUGCAGUCCCCUACAAGAAGCCAAACGAGCACUUAAAGAUGACUGGCUAAUCAAGGCGGUGCAUUACAUGGAGGAAAACCCAGAAACUUUAGAAGAGCUGAUGGACAAAAACUAUGCUUUGGCAGAAGGAGACAUGGUGCUGUUGAAUGACAGGAAUGCAGUGAGCAGCAGCUGGCCAACUCUGGAGAUACCCUACAUCAUUAGCCCAGAUUUAGCUAGUCGCACAGAUGAUAUUCUCUCUGCUAUGGAGAUGGUGUCCAAACACACCUGUGUAUCCUUCCACAAGCGAACCAUCGAGCAAAACUACCUGCUCUUCAAAACCAGUACAGGCUGUGCGUCAUUUGUGGGCUUAAAGGGUGGUGAGCAGCCUGUUUUUGUUGGGGCCCAGUGCAUGGUAGGUAACAUUGCACAUGAGAUUCUUCACGCUCUGGGUUUCCACCAUGAACACACAAGGAUGGACCGUGAACAGUACAUCACCAUUAUUCACAGCAACAUUAUGCCAGGGAUGGAGAAAAACUUCAGAAUGCAAGAUGGCGAGACCUUUUCUCUUCCAUAUGACGCUACCUCCAUCAUGCACUAUGGAAGGGAUUUUUUUUCAGCAACCGGCCUGCCCACCAUCUUCCCAAAGAAAAAUGUGAAGGAAAUGGGACAGAGGGAUAAACUGACAAAGACUGACAUUGAAAGGGUUCGACGUCUCUACAGCUGUGAUUCCCUUAAACAAACUGAGAAGGAAAGCCAUGACUGGGAUGAUGUCUGAUCUCGGUGCCAUGGAGGCUAUGAGAACCAGAUUACUAGCAGUGCAGUUCCAUUUCCCUACUCCAGCACCUGAACAAUGCCACCAGAUGGUCCAAUAACACUAGCAGUCAGCAAACAAACUAGUUGUCAUCGCUGACACAUCUAUUAAUGAAAAUAUGCUGGUCAGGAUCUGGUGGAUUCAUCUCCACUGUUCAAUAAACCAAAAUACUUUGUUCCUCUCUAA